CUCUUUCUUUUUACCGUCGCUUUUCAUUUUCACCGUCUCUUUUUAACACUGUUUCCUUGUCUCAGCCAUCACUCGUCCGGAGGUGUCUGACGAACAGAGGGAUUUCAUCCGUCGGAUACUCACCAUCUCACUUGAGCAACGUAGGUGUAGGGACUUGAUAACCCUAGACACUCUACAUUUGUAUUGUGGUGGUCCUGAGCCGACGGUCGAAGCACGGAAGUUGGAAGAAUUUUCAAGAAAACGUAAGUAAAUGCGUUAUUUAAUCCGUCUGCUACUAUUCAUCCGUCAGAUUACUUAUCCGUUAGCUUUCUUUUUGCAGAGAUGGAGGCUGCGAAGCAAAGGGUGAGGGCCGCUGCCGCCCGUAAGAAGGAAGAAGAUAAAGCUAAGGGGAAGGAUGGAGCGUCAACUCCUCAUUCCUCUUUGAAGGGCUCAAUCAAGAGGAAAUCUGACGGAAAGGAUGAUCCUCCUUCCAAGAAGGUGGCCGUCACUCCUACGGACGCGCCCUCCCAGAAGUCACCUCCCAAGCUUAGUCACGGUGCUGGGAAAGGAGUGAUGACUUCUUCUGGUCCUGUCGUUGAGGGGCCCCGUUGCUUGCUGACUCACAAAGAUCAUGCUGUCGAGAGUCUGGAGUCUCUUAUCAAACAGACGGAUCUGGAUCCUUGUGCUCAGCUUGGGACGGAUGACCUGGGGGCGUCAGCCUUCUUUGAUAUUGCACGGGCCUUGGUUCGUGUUAAAGCACUCCAAGAUCGUUGCAUGGCCAAAGAAGGCGUCGUCUCUCGGGUGAGGAGGCACAACUCCACCUUGAUGGAUCAGCAGGCGCAAUACAAGGAGGCCGUCCGUCUCUUAAACACAGACCUGAAGGAUGUGAAGGAGAAGCUAGGAGAAGCAGAGGGUGAGCAGAAGAGACUUGAGGAGGAGGUUUCGUCUCUGCGUGCGCAGGUGGUGACGGCUGGGGCUGACGCAGUUGAAAAGUUCAAGACAACUCAGUCCUUCAUCGACUCUUGUGCUGAUUACUAUGGCGCAGGUUUUGAUGAUUGUUUGAAGCAAGUGUCGUUAGCUUAUCCGGAGCUGGAUCUGUCUGGAAUCACCAUGGACACUUCCGUUCCAAUGACUCCUGCCGCUGACAGAGAUGACGAACCCCUUAGCUUGGAUUCCUUGCUUAACGACGCUGGGGUUGUUCUGGCCCAGCCUGCUGUUGCUACCCCUGCUGGGCCUUCAGAUCAGAUUGUGAAGGAUAAAGCUGACGGGGUCUCCAAGGACGCUCCUGCCGCUUAA